AUGGACCUGGAGCGAGGAGGGGGGGAGACAGCGACGGCCCGCGCGCGCCUGCCUGCCGGUGCCGCCCGCGCCCGCCCGCGGCACCAUCGAGCAGACCCCGUCAAAAUCUCGCGUCGUGGGCGCGACGGCGACGGCGCGGGCCCCACGUCAGGCGCCGCGCCGAACACGCGUGCCGGCGCCGCGCCCGCCUUUGCUGCUGCUGCUGGUGACGGCUACGGGUCGGGACGCGAGAGGACAAUGCCAGACCUAGUGUGGGAGCAUGGCCAAAAGAUCAGGGGUGGUUUCAAAUGCAAGUAUUGCAGGGAGGAGAAGAGUGGGGGAGGAGCAACAAGGUUCAAAGAGCAUUUGGCACAUAGGGGGAAAGAUGUGAAGGACUGCCCUUCGGUUCCAGCCGAAGUUAAGGCCUUCUUUAGUGAGCAGUUGGACAGGAACAAGGCUAGAGCUAAAGCAAGGGCCCGAGAAAAGCUCCUGAGGGACCAAUCUGCAAGGAGGCCGCACAUUGAUCUAGAGAAAGAGGAAGGCCAGGGGCUCGACGAGGAUGCAGAACUACAAGCGGCCUUACACCAGUCCCGCCAAGAGUAUGAAUUUAUGCAGCAAGCUGGGCCACGAUAUGAUAGGGGUGGCGGAUCGGGUGGUGGUGUUGGAGGCAGUGGUGGACCGCUGCCUUCGAUGUUCAGAAGGAGCCAGUCACAAGUCCCCGAGAGGGUUAGGGACUACCAUCUAGGGUUGAGCAGUGGUCCACGGCAGCAAAGGAUUGAUACCGGCCCAUGGACUGUCAAGGGGAGGACAUCAAGAGAGCUUCUAGGGAGGGCAUGGGCGAAGGCGUGCCAUGCUGUCGGUAUUCCCGGCCGGAAAGUCGAUGACCCAUACUUUAAAGCUGCGAUCGUGGAGACCCAGAAACAAGGUGUUGGAAUCAAAAUACCAUCAGGGAGGGAGAUAGAUGGAAAAUAUUUGGAUGAGAAUGUGAAGGAGAUAGAGAAAGAGAUAGAGAAGUGGAAGAACGAGUGGGAUGAAUGUGGAGUCACGAUCAUGUGUGAUUCGUGGACGGGGCCUAUGCGUAACUCGGUCAUUAAUUUCUUGGUGUAUAGCGGUGGCACCAUGUAUUUCUUGAAGUCCAUCAAUGCGUCCGACAAAAUACAGGACCAUCAAUACUUGUUGAAGGAGAUACGAGCAGUGGUCAUGAAAGUGGAGCCUCACAAUGUGAUUCAGCUUGUCACGGAUAAUGGUUCGAACUACAAAAAAGCCUGCAAAAUUAUAUGUCAUGAGUUCCCUACCAUUGCAUGGCAGCCUUGCCUUGCCCAUACCAUCAACCUUAUGCUGAAGGACAUAGGGAAGUGGCCGGAGCAUGAUGCUUGUAUUCGAAGCGCGCAACGAAUUUGCAGCUGGCUCUACAACUCCAACAGUUUACACAGCAUGAUGAGGGAAGCCAUCGGAGGAGAGUUGGUCAAGUGGAAUGUAACAAGAUUUGGGACCAACUACAUGUUCCUUGAAAGCAUGUAUAGGAAGAAGGACCAGUUCAUGACAUGGUUAGUGUCACCUGAGUUCCGACGGUCCCGCCACUUCAAAAGUGAAACUGGAAGGUACAUUUACGAAUGCAUCACAAGUCUUCAAUGGUGGGCGAAUAUGGAGUAUGUGAUCAAUGAUGUUGAGCCUCUGUACAUGUUUUUGAGAUUUGCUGACACAGACAAGACACCUAAUUUGAGUGAGGUGACAAUGGAGUAUCAAAACAUGAGGCAAACAUAUGCCAGCAAGUUCAGCAAUGACUAUCCCCGGUUUGAAAAGAUCAUGGCUGUGAUAGAUGCAAGGAUGAACACAGUGAUGUCAGGCACAUAUAUGGCCACUGCUUGUGCUCUUAACCCUUACGUGCAGUACAGUUUGGGCACAUCACAGACAGUCAUGGCAGUAAUGCGCAACGGUCUGGAGAAAAUGUUGAAUACUAAUUCAGCAGCAAUUGCAUUGCAGGAAUUUGAAAUAUUCAGGACGAAGCAAGUCAUCAGCAAUUCAAAAUUGGAUGAAGCUUUCAAGGUCCAAUGGAGACCCAGCAUUUGA